UGGAAGGAUCAUCCAAAUCUCAGAUAUGGUCCUCCUCAAAACAAUAAUCAAAAUUUUAAUCAAGCAAAUAGGGGAAAUCUGAAUUUAAAUCAUCAACCUAGCCAAGAUAGAAGUGCCCAGAUGUUUGAACAAAUUCUUAAGAAAAUGGAUGACAAGUUUUCAAGUUUCGAUUCAACUCUUAAACAAGUUCAAGAAAAACAAACAGCUACUAAUGUGAUUAUAAGCAACUUGCAGGCUCAAAUGAAUCAAAGAAUCCCUUCUCAACCUUUUCCAAAUCCAAAACAAAACAUAAGUGCUGUGGUUUUAAGGAAUAAGAAACAAUUGCCUGAACCUAAGGGUAGGGAUAGGGUUGAGAGUGAGAAAGAAGUUCCUAAAGUUGUGAACCUUGAGUUAGAUGAGGCUACUGACAGCAGUUCUCAUGGGGCUGAAACAGUGGGAGAAACACCUGGGAAUGAUAUCUCAGACCAAGGGGAAAGGGUAGAAGACAUGGUCAGACCUAAAGCUCCCUUCCCGAGUAAGUUCCUUAGCCAAAAGUCUAGGAAUAAAGCCUUAGAUCAAGAACUUUUAGAUACCUUUAAGAAGAGGACGAAGAGCAAGUUCCAAUAUGGGUUCAUAAUGGCUAUCAGUUUUGUGUGUCAAGAAUUGAGAAUGGAGGUGGAGCAGGAAAUCAUCAAACCUUGGGAAUGAAACGGCGUGUUCUAUUCGCCUACAUGUCUUUAUUUGCUGGAUCUGUUGUAGCUCUUGGAG